CCCGAGAAUGCGCCUUGCCUCGGCCCUUUACCGUCCCCUACGCAGAUCCAGUGCCAGUGCCAGUGCCAUUCACUAAACCUACUACCACCAUGUCUACCUCGAACAUCAAAGGCUACGCCAUUCGUCGCAAUAAUUCAUGUCUCAGCGACGAAGUCGGAUGCGGACCAACAUGGGAAACCUGGCACGCUUGCUGCCCAUCCGGGUCAAAAUGUCCCGGAAAAGAGUACUCAAUUCAGAACAAUGUCUGCUGUCCGACUUGGACGGACUGCACUUCCGAGAUCAAACCUGCCACCUGCGCCAACAGCUCCUGGAAUAUGUACGACUACGAUGGGUAUUUCUGCUGCACUAAAGACGAGACUGGAUUCAGACUCAAGGGGACAGACUGGGUGGGCUGCUUGAGUCCCGAUUCGCCGGGCAAUGCCAGUUACAGCGCCUUGAGGUUGAUCGCAACAACCUCCUCAACCGCAACUUCAGCCCCCACAUCCACAUCCGCAUCAACCACCACAGCAUCAGCAGCAACAACCACAGCAGCAUCAUCCACCGGUUCCGGCUCAAGCACCAACACGGGCGCAAUAGCCGGAGGCGUCGUCGGCGGUGUCGCCGGCGUCGCAGCAAUAGCCGGCCUUCUUUUCUACUUCCUGCGACGGCACAAUAAGCAACGACCAGAGUCGCAAACACAGAUGCAUCUCCAACCACAAGACCCUAGUCCUCAGUACUCGGCAUACGCCUACAGUCAGACUCAACAGCCAUAUUCCGCACCAGCGAGUGAAUUAGAUGGCCAGUCUGCGCCUGUGGAAUUACCGUCGAAUAAUGGGCCCAAGCAUGAGUUGGCGGAGUAUCGGUGAUGAACAUUGCAUUUCUAGGUAGGGUAAUUAUGCAUAUAGCGGGCCUCCUCGAGGUACUGGUUGGUACUUUCUGUUAAGUAAUUUUUCUUUUUUUUUUUCGAAAUAUGUGUUGGGGUAGGGUGCCGCGGGUCGGCUAUGAGAGGGUGAAGAAUAUGCAGAUGAACUCAUACAUGGUUAAGAGGGACAGAGAUCUGAGGGACUCGUAGUUAUAUCCACAAGCCAUUGAAAAUGGGAAACUUAAUAAGAUGGACACUGCCUAUGAGAGAGGCUAAU